AACCCCCACGCUGAGCUCCCUCCUUCCGACAAAGCCAAACCGAACAAGGCGCGAAUAAACUAGUACAGUACGCAGAGCUAGGGCUCUGAGAAAACAGGCCCAACAAGCAAAUCUGAGCAUGAAGUCAUUUUGUGACAAACUCCAGAUGAUACAGUGUUUGUAAAGCUUCACGUCGUCGCCUAUUUUAAGGUACUCCUCUGUGUUGUUUAAAUAUGUUGCAGAUUGUCAAAGAAGCAUGCCGUGAGGCAGAGGUCUACCUUGAAGCAGGCAUUGACGGUUUGAUCAUUGAAAACAUGCACGAUGUCCCCUACUCAUUCAACGUGGGCCCUGAAGUGUGCGCCUGUAUGACUGCGGUCUGCUCUGCUGUCAGACAUGUCUGCCCCACUCUGCCCCUUGGAGUCCAGAUCCUAUCUUCUGCUAACCAGCAAGCAUUAGCUGUAGCUUUGGCUUCAGGUCUGGAUUUCAUCAGAGCAGAAGGUUUUGUCUUUUCUCAUGUGGCGGAUGAGGGUCUUCUGAAUGCCUGUGCCGGGGACCUUUUGAGAUAUCGCAAGCAGAUUGGAGCUGAUGGGGUUCAGAUCUUCACCGACAUCAAGAAGAAACACAGCUCUCAUGCUCUGACAGCUGAUGUGACUAUAAAGGAGACGGCCCGAGCUGCCGAGUUCUUCCUCUCAGAUGGAGUCAUCAUCACUGGGGCAGCGACCGGAGAUCAGGCUGACCCAUGUGAGCUCACAGAUGUCUUCCAAUCUGUGAAAAUCCCAGUGCUCAUCGGUUCUGGAGUAACAUACGACAACGUUGACAACUUCCUGGAUGCCAGUGGAAUGAUCAUUGGAUCUCAUUUUAAACUUGGUGGCCACUGGACCAAUGCAAUUGAUCCAGAUAGAGUCAAGAGGUUUAUGGCAAAAAUACAUCACCUACGACAGCCACAGAGCUAGUUCUCACCAUCACUAAGCUGCUGAUUGACAAUAAAGGCAGAUUAGAUUACUUCCUGUUUGUCUGGCUGGUGAUUUAUUAUUUUAGUCCCAUCUAACCAGAGCACCUUCUACCAACUGAGGGUCUGGAACCUGAAGCUCCAGAGCCACAUGUGGCUCUUUAUCUCAUCCACUGUGGCACUUAUUAACGUUUGCCAAAAAUAAUUCAGAAUUAAUCUAUAAUCUUUAAAAAUGCUUACUGUUUUCAUCUAACAAUCUAGAAAAUAUUUUUUUAACCUUGCUGUCGGUCAGUGCAACCCAGCCAGACUGCACACAGGGUAAAAAGCUCACAGGGAUUAUUGGUUAAAAAGUAUAUAUUUUUUGUCUUUUGGCUGCAAAGUAUGUGUUUUUCCAUCCAUCUGCCCAUCCAUCAUCUUUCACGCUUAUCCCUAGUGGGAUGGUGAGGGGUGCUGGUACCUAUCUCCAGAGGUCAACAGGCGAAAGGCGGGGUCACCUUGGACAGGUCAUCAGUCCAUCACAGGGAAGCACAGAGACAAACAGGACAAGCAAUCAUGUAAGCAAUCACACAUACAAACACACACACACACCCACACACACACAUCUUAGGAGAAUGUAGAGAGACCAAUCAAUGUCAUGUUUUGGACUGUGGGAAGAAGCCAGAGUACCCAGAGAGAACCCACACAUUCACAGGGAGAACAUGCUAACUCUAUUUAUUUUAAAACCUAAAAACAGAAGUGAAAGUGCUUUUCUUUCAUUUGAAAAUGAAAUGAUUUUAAUAACCUAAACUAAAUAAACUAAUUUGUUUCAUGUAGCUUUUGUGACAAAAUUUGUUAUUCUGGACCAAGGGGAAAACCGGCUGUUUGGGCUGCGGAGGUC